AUGGCGCCAGAUUAUGGGGAACCCAAGCAAGCAAUGAAGCUAGUUGUGGUUAGCGUGGAUGCCGCGCCCUGCGUUGCUGUGUCAGGUAAGUCAUCCAGUCAUGCGUUCCAGAAGGCUGUCGAAUGUUCACAUUCACAUUACCUCUUACUUACCAGCUUCGAGCUUCUCCAGCUUGCUUUACCUCUUCAUAUCCCCGAAAGCGCAUCCGCAGAAACAGCCUCCUCUCUCGGGCAAAGUAUCUCUCGUCACCCUCCUUAUUACAAAGCCAAAUUACGCGGCCUCGUACAAUAUCCUUCCGGCUAUAAAGGGCGAGCUACUAUUACUUCUUCAGCCAUGUUUACCACAGAACCCAAAGGCAAGGGCAAGCUGGUCCCCACCGACGAGAACGACAGUUUUUCACCCAUCAUGGAUUCUACAGGCGACGUUACAGCUAUAGGCCAGCACUGCGACGUCUCGACAUGUCACCAGCUAGACUUUUUACCCUUCAAAUGUGGUAGUUGCGAAGGGACAUUCUGCCUCGACCACCGCACAGAAACAUCCCAUGUAUGUCCCAAAGAGGGUCUAUGGGCCCAAAAACGCCGUCAAAAUUCCCUGAAUAGCAAACCGACAUCCCUCAUAUCCGGCGCCGGUAUUCGUCUCGGUUCCUCUUCAACCCCGGGUCCUUGCGCCAAUGAAGAAUGCAAAACAAUCAUAAACACCCCGAAAAUGAUCGGUGUCGCCUGUCCGGCCUGUCGGAAACAAUUUUGUCUGCCGCAUAGAUUACCUGCCCAGCAUGACUGUAAACCCGUUGUUACACCUGCUGCUGCCACGCUACAGGAAAAGAAGCAGACGGCCCUAAGUAAAUUUAAACUGUGGGCUAGCAGUGGAAGCUCGAAGCUUAAGGACCUAAAAGCAACACCGAUUACGCAAAAGCAGAAAAGCGUGGCGGCCAGGAUGGUGGAGAUGAAUAAAUUGAAAAAGGAGGCAAAGGGAGACGACAAGAUAGCACAGGAGAAAAGGGUUUACCUCUAUGCGCAGGCAGAAGGCAAAUCGACAGCAGCGAAAAUACCCGAAGGAACGUUCUUCUAUAACAAGGAAUGGAGUGUGGGUAGAGUCAUGGAUAUCACCGCAAAAAACUUGCAGAUCCCCAAUCUGAACAACCAGUCGGCGGAUGAUGAGAAGAAACUAAGGGUGUUCCAUGUGGAGAGCGGUAGACUCUUGAGUUUUGGAGAGAAAAUCGGGGACGCUUGUGGAGAUGGGAAUACUAUUGUCUUGUUACGGGGAGUCAAGAUGGAGGACAUGGUGGAUCUGUAG